UUGUUUACAACCUAAAAAUUUGUAACUCAUAAGCUUACUUUUUAUUUAUUUAUUUUCUAUUCCUUUUUUGUUGGCUUAGUUUGCUGACAAUUUAAGUUUAUUUAAUAACACUUUUUAAACUAGUUAACAGUUUUUAUCAUAAAUGAAGCGGACUCGGUGCUACAAAUCAAUUGCCAGCUUCUCAAACAAAAUAAAACCUCAACCAUAGUGCUUUUACACAGUAUUGUUUGAAAACUAUGGAAAUCAGCUGUGUUUUGCUGUGAUCAUUAAUUGAAGUCUUAUUUUCAGUUUGUUUAAAUUGCUUGAAUUUUUGAUUGGAACGUAUUUGCAACAUAAUGAGUGGAGUUGAUGUAAACAUUGCAUUGGAAAAAGAUACUGAAGACAUUACAAUGAUAGCUACAACUAUUAAAAUCUGCUGACCAAAUCGUGGAUGUUAAUAUCACAAUCUUGACGCAAUAAGUUUCAGAAUUAUUUCUGAAACAAUAAGCUUUAAUCAUGAAAUUUGUGUGAUGCAUAAACCAAUUCAAUGAUCAAUGGUUGAUUUUGGCCUUGAAAGCGGACUGGUCAAUUUUAUUUUAGUUUUGUUUUUAUCCAUUUCAAUCAUCGAAGUGCUUGACUCUCUGAUAAAAAAUGACUAUUCGAAAUUGCUAAAGGAUAAUCCGCAUUUGCAAUCAUCGAUCUGGUGUUGGGGACAAGAUGUGAAUACCCGAAGAUGCCGUGCUAUAAAUAUUUGCUAUCAUAGUACUCAUCGCCAAUGGGUUUUUUUGAAUGGACCUGAUUCUGUCCAGAGUGGCUUACCUAAUGAUCAGUUUCGACCUGCAUUGCUGUCUGUAUCUUCAGUAAACGACCACAAUCAAUUUUAUUUUAAUUACGUGACCAUUGAAUCACAGUUUUUGAAAAAUGUUUCAUCCAAGUUGCAAUUUCGUUUUGUUAAACACAAAACAAUUGUCUUUGCUCGCUUUAAACCUGAUAAUUUGAUGCAUUCCCUCCAUGAUGAUAUUUUACCAUUGAAAUGGACCCUGGAUGGUCUUGGUUGGGAUGAAAAAGCUAAUCUUUUUAUGUACGAUGAUUGGCCUCAUCCGGACAACAUUUCUUUCAAUUUAUAUUUUUAUAAAAAAGUGUUCAAUUUUAAUGAAAUAUUCAUCAAAUCUAUGGCUUCGGAUAAUCUGAUUUGCUUCAAAGAGAUUUGGUUGGGCCUUGACCGUGAAACUGUUUGGUAUCAGUAUGGUUUCCAUUCACCACAAGGACCUGCUCUUAAGACAGAUCAGCAAAAAAGAAGCAUUGAACUAGCUAGUAAACAACUGAGAUCAUUGUUUAAACAGCAACGUUGUUCUGAAACACCAUACGGGAUAUUCCUUUCACGAACCUACAAUCGGUUAAUUCUUAAUGAAGAUGAACUGAUUAAAAUGUUAAACAAAGAGGCAGCAACAGUCAUUCGGAUGAAUGUUAAUGAUGACUUUGUCAAUUUAAUCAUCAAAAUAAGCUGUGCAAACCUUCUCAUCGGGAUGCAUGGAUCAACAUUAAUUUUAUCUCUCUUUCUUCCUCCUGGUUCAUCUAUUGUUGAGAUGUUUCCUUUUGGAAUUAAUCCGGAACAUUACACCCCAUACAAAACAAUUGCUCAAACACUCAAGUUAAACUACAUUCGCUGGGUAAAUCAGAAUCUUAACAAUUCAAUUCAACAUCCAGAGUAUCCUGUAUCUUUAGGAGGAAUUGACGAUCUUCCAGAUAAAAUGAAAAGUCAAAUUAAAAAUCUAACAGAAGAUCUUGAACCUCAUCUUUGUUGCCAUGAUCCCAAUUGGUUGUAUCGUAUUUAUCAAGACACUUUUGUAGAUGUAAACCAUUUUCGCGAAACCGUAGUUGACAUUUUAAAUUCAAAUUCAACACUUUCUCAACCAAAUAUGCAAAUUUCAUCCAAUUUUUACCCUGGACCAGUCCGAAAUAUUGAAUGUAAAUAUGAAGAAUCUAAAGGGUUUCAAAUCAACUGGGAUAAUCCCUGGAACAUCGAAUUCUCUGGUACUGACCAGUUUGGCAAAAUUAAUUUUGAGCUAUUGACUGAUGAAGGAAACGGAAAAGGUCUAGUUUCUUUUUCAUCGACAAAUUUUCUGGUCUUACCAUUCAAAGGCAAAGAAGUCUUUUCUUUCUGGGUUCGGUGCAAUUUCAACGACAAAAAAGGACCUUUUACAUUGGCUCAUUGUUUAAAAUAGGAUGAUAUAAAAUCUGUUUAAUUUAAAAUAGACAAACCAUAAAGUAUAUUAAAAAAAAUACUUUUGUAUUUCUUAAUUUUAAAA